AUGCGGUCACUCACUGUACUCCUUUUCAGCCUGCUCUGUGCUUCCACAGUGUCAGCCGAUCCUCUAGACGAUGCCAUUGCCCUCUUCAAACGACAAAAUGUACCUUUGUCUACUGGCAGCUCCGACUCGGGCUCUUCCGACUCGAGCAGUUCCACUGACACUACGACUCCGACUACCUCCCCAACCAGCGAUGGCGGCGACUCGACUACGUCUGUGACCGUUACAAGCGAUACCACCUCUGCAAGCACCGAGACAACGUCUUCCACAAUCACUCUUCCCCCUUCGUCGUCGUCAUCGGUAACUGUCAUCGUGACAACAUCUACGCAUACCCCUUCGUCGAGUUCCUCCUCUGAAGACAGCAGCUCCGUAUCCCAAUCCACGCUUACGGACACCAGCACAAUUACUCCUUCAAAGACAUUGAUCACUACAAGUUCGCUUUCAGAGGUCAUUACUACAAUCACAAGUGUCAGUGCAGGAAGCACAGUGCAUCUUACCAGCACCAGCAGUAGCCUCAUCCCAGUCACAACUAGUGUUGAUCCUGCUUCCCUGACGGGCGGAGGCGGCAAAGGCGGCAGUUCCGGCCUCAGUAAUACAGCCAAGGCCACCAUUGGAGGUGUUGUGGGCGGUGUUGGUGGUGCUCUGUUGCUUGCGGGAUUGGCAUACACGGCCUGGAGGAUUUGGGGCAAGAAGAAGAACCUUCACGACGACGACCUCUACGAUCCCAACCUCAACCAAGACAAGCUCAGCGGCACCGCAGGAUCAGACUCUACCACGCCAUUCCGUUCCACGUUGGAUCAAUACCAUUCCCCUGGGCCUGUCAACACGGCGUCAAACUUUUAG